UAUUAUACGUGUGGUAACCCUGUCCGAAGUGGAAUUUUCACAUCACUGACUAAUGUUGGCAAACUCUAACCUAACUCAGUCAUAACCUGUACAUUGUCAUCUAUUUAUGUGGAAUUUAAUAUUUUUUCGGUAAUUUUAUCGAAUUGACCUCGCAAAAUGUCGGAGCGAAAAGUAUUAAACAAAUAUUAUCCUCCGGAUUUCGAUCCGUCGAAGAUACCUCGUAUGAAAUUAGCCCGAAAUAGGCAAUACACGGUACGUCUGAUGGCUCCCUUCAACAUGAGAUGUAAAACUUGUGGAGAAUACAUUUAUAAAGGAAAGAAAUUUAAUGCCCGCAAAGAAGAUGUUGAAGGUGAUGACUACUUAGGAAUACGAAUUUACAGGUUCUAUAUCAAAUGCACCAGAUGCCUCCAAGAAAUCAGUUUCAAAACAGAUCCAAAGAAUACAGACUAUGAGAUCGAAGCAGGUGCAACAAGGAAUUUUAUGGCAUUAAAAUUGGCAGAAGAGCAAGCACAGAGGGAAGAGGAUGAAGAAAAAGAAGAAGAGGCUACCAAUCCUAUGAAGCUCCUAGAAAAAAGAACGCUACAAUCCAAGCAGGAAUUGGAAUUAUUAGAAUCUUUAGAAGAGUUGAAAGAUUUAAAUCGCAGACAACAAACUAUUGAUUAUGAUCAGAUGUUAGAACAGUUUGACACAGAAACAGCUAAACUUAGAACAGAAAAGGAACAAGAAGAAUACGAUGAAGAGUAUAUUAAAUCAGUAUUUGGUAAGAAACAAACAAAUGGAGUUGUUGUGGAAGAAGAAAUAGUUGAAUUAGAUGAACAGGAAAGAAAUGAGCCACCAAAGAAAAUAAUGAAAACCAGCAAAAAGAAAGAAAACAGUGGUAGCAUUUCAAGAACAGAGGAAAAAAAUGCUAAAUCUAGUCAAUCUACAAAAAUAUCUGAUACAUCACUUUGGUCCAAAAAUGUGGGACCAUCGUCAAGUAAAAAAAAUAUAUUAGCAAUUGUGAAAAGAAAAACAAAUUUAGGUGUAAAAGUGAAUUCAAGUUCUCCACACAGUAAUACAGAGAAAGAAGAAGCACAAACUGAGACUGUAGAAGAAACAAUUGCUCCUACCAAGAACAACAGUAAUAACAAUGUAAAUGUUAGCAAGUCAGAAACUGCAGAUAGUAAAUUAAAUAAUACUCACAAUGCUUUAUCCUUAUUAGGAGCUUAUUCUGACAGCAGUGAAAAUGAUAGUGAUUAAUACAGUGUUCAAUUGUACAUAAAAUUAAAUUUUAUAAAAUUUAUUAUAAAAUACACUGUACCUAUAAAUAGAGUAUACAAAUAUAAAUAGGCAUCAUUGAAUACACAUAUAAAUUAAACAUGAUUGAUUUGAUACAACGAAUUGAUUCCAAUAAAUUUAAAAUCUGAAUUAAUAAUCAAUUUGCAUUAAAUUUUUUUAAAAAUUUGAACAAUUUUUGUUUCAAACGACUGUGAUUAUUAAUCAUUGCAUCGUGUUACCCACCACAUGUAUGGUUAGUAUCACAAAAUCCCUUUGUGAUAGGACCACUCAAUUUAAUUUCAUUUGGACAUUUGUAUUGACGAUGUUCAGAAAGUUCCUUACAGGUGGAUGAAGUUUUUACCCCUAGAACAUAGGAAACAAAAUCGAUCAGAGAUGAGGACAUUGAGAAUUGGUCUGUUUCAAAGGCUAGGCACUUUGUAAGGAACUUUCAAAUCAACAAUACAUCAUUGCAAAGUCUGUAGCAGGGAGUACCUAGCCUAUUAAAUCAGACCAUAUAAAUACAACAUUCAAAUUUAUUUAUAAAUGUACAUUACAUAUUUUUCUAUAGAACAGUACUAUUAGACGUACGAAUUUUUAUUACCAGUAGAGGAAAAUGACAUGUCACAAGAAUCAAAAUAUCUGUAACGACUAAAAACCAUAUUUGAAUUGGUGUAAUAAUAUCUUCAGAAACAAGAACAACAAAUUUGUUUAAACACUGUCAUGCGUUUAUAGUAUUUUACUAAUUACGCCACAAAACAAUGAUAAUUACGAUAUUGCCAGAAAGGUACUCUUCAUUCCUAUCAAUACAAAAUUCUUCGCUACAGCAACCAGUACUUGCCAAAUAUCAAAGAUGUCUUAAGGAGAGGAACAAAAGGAAACAAUUUUACAGUUCCUCUUUGUGAGGGGGAAACCUAUUCAUCGGCAAUAGACGAACAUGAUAACGAAGAGCGUGCAGAUGUUGAUGGCCUUCUCCUAGGAAAUUUUCAUGCAACUCCCUGCUACUAUUAUGCACAUUAGCAAAUUCUCCAUAGGGGUUGCUCCUCGCAGAGGUGAAUCUUCUACCUCGAAUGAUUGUAG